CAGAUGUCGAACGGUUGCGCCUAUCUCCCGGCGACUAUGAUUGCAUAAGCCGGUGGACUUUUUGCCAGGCCGCUCCUAGUCAGAGGGGAGGAUGGCACAUCGACAUGCACAUCAGUUGCCCCAGAGGACAGAAUUCCUGGAAGCUGAAAAUGACUCCGACAGGGACUCUGGGGUUGGAGAUGAUGCAGGAGAGGAUUCUGAGGGUUAUCCUGGAAGCAGGAUAACGCAUUGCCAACAGGAAAAAGCUGGCGAGCGAGAAAGCGAUGGGGAAGCGAAAGACUUCACGAUAUUUGUUGCGUUUCAAGGAAAUAUGGACGAUGAGGACUUUUCAGAAAAACUCGAUGCUGUCCUCAGUGGGAUACCUAGUAUGCUUGAUUUAGGCGCGCAGAGGUUGCUGCCACAGUGUGUGGAGCCCUGGAACAGCGUACGUGUUACAUUCAACAUUCCCCGGGAUGCCGCUGAGCGCUUAAGAUUGCUGGCCCAGAACAACCAACAACAGCUUAGAGACUUGGGGAUUCUGUCUGUGCAGAUAGAGGGUGAAGGGGCCAUUAAUGUUGCCAUGGGACAGAAUAGAGGACAAGAGGUUAGAGUGAAUGGACCAAUCGGUGCUCCAGGCCAGAUGAGAAUGGAUGUGAGCUUUCCUGGUCAGCCUGGUCCAGGCAUGAGGAUGACAAACCCAUCAAUGGUACCCCCUGGUCCUAGCAUGGCAGGUCAGGCUAUGGUCCCAGGCAGCAGUGGACAGAUGCACCCCCGAGUCUCAAGACCAUCCUCUCAAACAGAUGUAAUGGAUCCCAUGAUGUCAGGUAUGUCAGUCCAGCAACAGCAACAACUCCAACACCAACAGGCUGGCCCACAUGGCUCAGGUCCCAUACCCCCCCAGUCUGCUCACCACAUGCAGGCUCUACACACAGGAAGACAACUCAACCCAGCUGCUCUUCAACAACUUCAACAACAGCAGCAGCAUCAGCAGCAACAGGCCCAGCAGCAAGCUCAGCUUUCCCAGCUGGGACCCAGACCUCCAUUUAACCCCUCAGGCCAGAUGGCUGUGCCUCCUGGCUGGAACCAAAUGCCCUCAGGGGUUGUCCAGCCUCCAGGUGCCCAAGGAGGCCCUGCCUGGAGGAAACCCCCGCCUCAAGCCCAAAUGGGUCAGCGUCCACCCUCCCUUGCUACAGUUCAGACUCCCAACCACCCUCCACCGCCUUAUCCGUUUGGUAGCCAGCAGGCUGGACAGGUAUUCAAUGCUAUGGGGCAAGGACAAUUACAACAGCAGCAACAGCAGGCAGGAAUGGGACAGUUUGCAGCUCCUCAGCCUAAAGGCCCUCAGACUGGGCCUGUAGGUGUUGCAGGACCACCCAGACCACCUCCACCCCUUCCAUCCACCUCUGGACCGCAAGGAACCCUCACUGCCAAGUCCCCGGGUUCAUCCUCGUCUCCUUUCCAGCAGGGUUCACCUGGAACUCCUCCCAUGAUGGCCCAGCGGCCUACAACCCCACAGGGUUUCCCACAGGGUGUGGGCUCACCAGGAAGAGCUGCCCUUGGACAACAGGGAAACAUGCAGCAAGCGUUCAUGGGAAUUCCCCAGCAUGGACAGCCAGGGGCUCAAGUGCAUCCAGGUGGAAUGGCAGGUAUUCCUAAGCGUCCCAUGGGUUUUCCCAACAUGCCAGGAAACCAGAGCUUUGUCCAAGGUCAGGUGAGUGCAAGUACCUCAGGAACCCCUGGUGGAGGAGCAAAUCAGCAGCUACAGAGCAGCCAAGCCAUUACUCACACAGGAGCCCAACCAUCGACCUCUGCUGCCAAUACAUUGCAGGGUCCACCCCAUUCCCAGCCCAGCGUUAUGGGUGCCCAAAGUGGCAUAGCAGGUCAGCCCCCAGGCACGACUACUGGGCCUAGUAUGGGCCAGUCCCAGCCUGGCCUUCAGACCCAGAUGAUAGGCCUCCAGCAUCAGGCCCAGCCCGUGUCCUCCUCCCCCAGCCAGAUGGUUCAAGGCCAGGGUGGAGGUCAGACUGUCCUCUCUAGGCCUCUCAGUCAAGGGCAGAGAGGAGGGAUGACCCCACCCAAGCAGAUGAUGCCUCAACAAGGCCAGGGGGUGAUGCAUGGGCAGGGUCAGAUGGUCGGAGGCCAAGGGCACCAGGCCAUGCUCCUACAACAACAGCAACAACAACAACAGCAGCAGCAGCAGCAACAACAACAGCAGCAGCAACAACAACAACAACAGCAGCAACAGCAGCAGCAGAACUCAAUGAUGGAACAAAUGGUUGCCAACCAGAUGCAGAGCAACAAGCAGGCAUUUGGAGGUAAGGUGCCAGCUGGGGUUAUGCCAGGCCAGAUGAUGCGAGGUCCUUCUCCAAACGUUCCAGGAAACAUGGUUCAGUUCCAGGCCCAGGUCGGCCAGCAGCAGCAAAUGACCCCACAACAGCAACAACAAAUGGCCCAACUCCAACAACAGCAGUUGCAACAACAACAGCAGCAGCACCAGUUACAACAGCAGCAGCUACAACAGCAGCAGCAACACCAACAGAUGAGCCAGCAGCAGCCCCAGCAGGUUUCCAUGACUGGGAAUCCUAACGCCGCUAUGGGCUUACAUGGGCAGCAGAUGAGGCUUCCUGCUGGUCAUCCUCUGGUCCAACAACAGUUACAACAACAGCAGCAGCAGCUACAGCAGCAGAAACAACAGCAGCAGGCCAUGUUACAGCAACAACAACAGGCAGCUCAGCAGCACCAACAUUCUCUGUCAGACCACAGCGGCGGGGCAGGGGACAUGGGAGUGCAACAGAUGCUACCUGAUAUGCAGGCGCAGCAGCAGCAAGGCAUGAUGGGAGGCCCUCAGCACAUGCAGGUGGGCAAUGGGCACUUCCCAGGUCACAGCAUGAACUUUAACUCCCAGUUCCCAGGUCAGAUGCCUAUGGGGGGAUCAUGUGGGCAGCCGGGGGGCUUCCCUGUUAAUAAGGAUGUAACACUGACCAGCCCACUGCUGGUCAACCUGCUCCAGAGUGAUAUCUCAGCCAGCCAGUUUGGACCAGGGGGGAAACAGGGAGCAGGGGGCAGCAACCAGGCCAAACCCAAGAAGAAGAAACCACCAAGGAAGAAGAAACCCAAAGUGGGUGAGGGUCAACAACAAGGAGAGGGACUUGGCAGUGGCAUCGAUGUGGCUGCUGGUUUGGAGGACUCUGAAAUGCCAGGGCUUGGUGGAGAGCAAAAUUUGGGCUUAGACAACUCGGGCCCCAAACUCCCUGAUUUCCCCAACAGACCUGCAGGCUUCCCAGGUCAACCUGGAGACCAGAGAGUAUUGCAGCAGGUGCCCAUGCAGUUUAUGCAACAGCAGCAUCAACAACAGCAACAGCAACAGCAACAACAGAUGCAGCACAUACAGCAGCAGCAGAUACAACAACAGCAAAUGCAGCAGCAGCAAAUGCAACAACAACAGCAGCAGCAAUUACAGCAACAGCAGUUGCAACAGCAACAGCAGAUGCAACAGAUGCAGAUGCAGGGGAUCCAAGGUGCUCAAGGGCCACAAGGAAUGGCAGGGCCGCAGACCCCAGGGCAAGGUCAGCCUCAGAUGCACCCUCACCAGCUGCAACAGCAGCAGCAGCAGCAGCAGCAGCAAGUUCAGCAACCCCACCUUCAGCAGCAACAACAGCAACAGCAACAACAGAUGAUGAUGAUGAUGAAGAUGCAACAGGAACAGGUUAAAAACCGCAUGCCCAUCCCUCCAGGGGGCCAACUCCCUCCUAGAGGUAUGAUCAACCCAGCAGAGGCUCACAGGCUGCCUGUGUCCCAGCAAGGCAAUAUGCCUGUUAUGAUCAGCCUUCAGGGGCAUGGAGGUGUGCCGCCGUCACCUGACAAAGCUAGAGGGAUGCCCCUAAUGGUGAAUCCACAGCUUGUUGGAGCCACACGACGAAUGUCCCAUCCUGAUGUAGGUCAGGGUUCCCAGGGCACAGGACCUGAGGAGGCCCCUGGAGGGAAUCAUGUUGUGCAGGAUAGGCCUGGGGGCCCGGAAAUGGGAAUGCAGGCUGGAAAUGGGGCCCAACAGAUGAUGGCCAAUCAAAGCUCCAGUGCCCACAUGAUGAAGCAGGGCCCUGGUCCUUCAGCCAUGCCCCAGCACCCUGGGGCUAGUCCUCAACAGCAGUUACCACCUCAGCCUCAACAAGGAGGCCCAAUGCCUUCCCUUCACUUCCCCAAUGUCCCAACAACCUCCCAAAGCUCCAGACCCAAAACCCCUAACCGAGCCAGCCCCAGGCCAUACCACCAUCCCCUUACUCCAACUAAUCGUCCUCCCAGCACUGAGCCUUCAGAAAUCAACCUCUCCCCUGAGAGGCUCAAUGCCUCCAUUGCAGGGCUGUUCCCCCCAAAAAUUAACAUUCCCCUGCCUCCAAGGCAGCCCAAUCUGAACAGGGGCUUUGACCAGCAGGGUCUAAAUCCCACUACUCUGAAGGCUAUUGGGCAGGCACCUCCUAGUUUAACUCUACCAGGUAGCAACAACAACAAUGGCAGUAGUGGUGGAAGCAACACUAAUAAUGGUCAGCAGACUUUUUCUGCUGGCAGUGGAACAGCAGGGCCAGGUGGUAAACAGGACAAGCAGUCUGGACAGGGUAAGAGGGCAAGUCCCAGUAACAGUCGAAGGUCUAGUCCAGCUUCUAGCCGCAAAUCAGCCACUCCAAGUCCAGGGAGGCAGAAGGGGGCAAAGAUAGCCCUCACCUGCCCUCCCCACCAGCAGCAGAUUGUCAAUCCUCAGGGGCAGACCAUGAUGCUAAGCCCCACCUCAGUAUCUUCCAUCCCAGUAUCUAUCCCCUCACAAGUGAGUAUGGGAAUGGAAGUUCAGCAGACCCAGAACCCAUUCCAUGGCUUGCAGGGUAACCCAGUUGAUGGAAUCAGGGAGGGUCAGGGAAUGAUGCCAGUAGAACAGCGACAGAUGUCCCAUUCCCAGCCCCAGCCUCAACCUUUGAGGGAGUUGUCAGCUCCUAGAAUGUCAAGCCCUCGUGUCCCCACGCCUCAAGAAGUUAAACCUGGCUUGGAACCGCAGGCAGGGUCAGUUGAGAUACAGCCCACACAUUCAGUACCCCUUCAGGAUUCUGUGUCAGAGGCCUUACCAACUCUGAGGGAAGCGCCAACCUCCCUCAACCAAUUGCUGGAUAAUGCAGGCACAGCCAGCAUGCCGCUUAAGCCUACACAGAGUCUUAUUGCCAGGGAUGUUUUUGGGAAGGAGAGCCCUAAGCCUAUUUUAGAUACGGAGAGACCAAUCCAGAGUAAUUCUCAGAGCUCAGAUAUGCCAGCUCCUGUUGUUACUCCUGCCCUGAGUGAACCAGAAGCCAAACCCAAACCUGUUAUCCCAAUCUCCACCAGCAGUCCUACUAUACAACCCACUGCAAUUGCCUCCUUUAGCCCCAACAUUAACUCAAACCCUAAUUCAACCCUAAGCCCGAACCCCACGCCCAUAUCCACUCCUAGUGUCAACCCCAUGUCAAGUGUAAACCUUAAAACUAAUCCUGGCCCUGCCUUACACCCAAACACGCCUACCACCAUCAGUGUAAGUCCCAACCCAGCCACUUCCAUUCAGUGCAGUCCGGCAACUACUGUAGGCAGCAAUUCUAACCCCAUCUCUGGAGCCAGCUAUAAACCAAGUCCAAGUCCCAAACCUGUGACCAGCAUUCACUCAGUCAUACAGAUCCCUGCAUCAUCGAGCACAAUCUCGCCCAGCCAGAUCACUGUGUUUGUCACCUCUAACCCCAUCACCUCUGCCCCUACCACUCAGCCAACCCCAGCCAUGGUCCCCACCACGGUGGAUGUCCCUAACAAGAACAUCAGGCCACAGGAUGUCCGACAGCAGACCCCCGUCUCACGUCCUGCCCAGUUCAUCGCCACCACCUCUGUAUUUAUCAAUCCUAUUUUCCAGGUCCCUUCUGCAUCUGUGGCUCCAAACACCACAGUUGUGUCGCAGCCUGUUGCCAUGGUGGGGUCAAUCCAAGUGUCCACUGCAAACCUUAAGCUCUCUCCAGCCCCAGGCUGCACCCAGCCCUCUGGGACUAAUUUGACAUGCUCUCAGCCUGUCAGGACAGUUGUUGGGCAGGUACAGAUAGCCUCUAGUAUGUCUUCAUCAACCCCAGCUGGCACCCUCCCUGCCCUGCAACAGACAAACACAGGGACCGUUAAAACAGAAACUAUUAGUGAGGUAGCCGCCCCCCAGAAAUCGAGUACUCCAGUCAGUCAGCCAUCUCCCCAUCUCAGUCCCUCUUCCUCAGUAUCCUCUCCCUUUCAGCCCCCCUUGGCUUCUCCUCCCCCCUGUGCUAGCCCUGGAGCCCCAGCUACAAUUAGAAAAAGUCCCAUGUCCCCAUCCUCUGCCCCCCUUGUUAAAAUUAAGCCUGCACAGGCUUCAGCGCCAGUGCCCAGCAACUCUGAGUCUCAACAGGGUCCUGAAGACAGCCCUGCACUACCAGGCUCUGGCACUCUUCCACCUCAGGUUUCCUUUCCUCCUCCUGCAAGGCCUGUUCAGAUCGAGGCCCCUGCACCCCAAACUACUGCUCCAAAUGUCACCACUCCACUUUCAGUUUCCACCCCAACCCCUAAUCCUGUCAAUGUUGCCAUUCCUACUCAAGUUGUCACCCAUGCCCCAACUCCUGCUCCAAGCUCUGUCUCAGCCCCAGUGCAGGUUGCAACCACUCAAAUUCCUGUUGGCCCUCCUGCUUCUACCGUUGUUUCUUCUGCUACCUCAUUCUCUCCACCUGCUCUCAUACAAAGUCCAGUAACAUCCAAUGUUGGUGUUAGUGGGGUUCUGGGGCCAUCACCAGAAGUCCCCUCAGCCACUGCCACCCCAGUAGCUAACCCAAGUGGAGCCCCUCUGGUGCAGUCUGAACCCCCAUCUACAGAGCCUUCCAUGCAGCCAGGCCUAGCACCUGCUGAAACCUCACAGACUACCCCAGCAACAAUUCAACCAGAGACUGUGCAGUCACAAGAGCCUGCUGCCAGUGAGACGACAACAGCUGAAGAUGCUUCGACUGUUUCUGAACAGGGAUGGGCAAAGAAAAGAAAGACGCCCAUCAACUUAGUCCCAAGAGGUGCAGUGGAGAAGCCCAAGGGGCCAAGCCGACGCAGCUCUCGGGCAGAGAAGGAGGUGGAGGAGGAGCCAAUAGCAGACAGUGGGAUGAGGAAGAGAUCAGCAAGGCCUGCAACCAGUGCUGCUGCAAAAGAAACGGGAGCCAGUCCGACCCAGGCCAAACGAAGGAAGUCUAAAUAGGCCCAACCACAGCUGUGGAAACCUGUGAACUGUACUGUAAAUGUCUUUUUCCAUGUGAAUCCUUUGCUAUUGGCUUUGCCCUCCUGGAUUCUAAAAUUGUCAAGGAGGAUGUAACUGUACAUAUAAUUGUUUUAAAAGAAAUGUUAUUUUGUCCCUGCCAUCAUGUGAGACUGUAGUUAAGAGUUGUUUGCAUAUGAGGUUGUGUGAAUGUGUUGUCUUUUGUUAAUGCUGGAUAAAUUGUAUGAAGACUGAUUAGACCUUGUCAUGAUUGUAUAAUUAUGAUGUAAAACUGAAAUAAAUUUUCUACUGCUUUUGU